AUGUCAGCAGCAACAAGGACCAUUCGCCUUACGGUUAUUGCAGCGGAUGGGUUGAUAAAAAAGGACUUGUUUUUUAAAAUGCCCGACCCUUUUGCGGUUGUUACUGUAGAUGGUGAGCAAACACAUACAACGACAGUCAUGAAAAAGACAUUGAAUCCAUAUUGGAAUGAAAGUUUUGACCUCAAAGUAACAAACCAGAGUGUGAUUGCAGUACAAGUAUUUGACCAAAAGAAAUUUAAAAAGAAGGACCAAGGCUUUUUAGGUGUCAUUAAUGUCCAAGUCUCUAGUGUGUUUGACUUGGAUGUGGGAGGUGACGAAAUGCUGACGCUUGAAUUGAAAAAAUCCAACACAAAUGAAGCUGUGCAUGGCAAACUUAUCCUUAAUCUUUCUACCAAUGUCAACGUUCCUAUCCGUAAUGGCACAGAUACCCUUGCUCCUGGAAAUACAGCCAAUAAUAAUACGACUACAACAAUAGCAACAACAGCAACAACAACAACAACAACAAAUACAGCCAACACAUCCAACACCAAUGUAUCUUCACAGACUGAAAAUAACAAUACUGGUGAUCUACCUCCAGGAUGGGAAAGACGUGUCGAUCAUUUAGGCAGACCUUAUUAUGUAGACCAUAACACACGUUCAACAACAUGGAAACGACCUUCUUCAAGAACAGCUCAAGACCAACAAAAUCAGACUGCUUUGGAACGUCUUCAACAUCAUGCCCGUGGAUUGCCUGAAGACAGACCCAACAGUGCUGCUACCAGCUCCGUUUCCUUGGAGACAGCAACACCUCAACCAUCCACACCAUCCGCAGGUGUGACUGUACCCAACAACAACAUGACAUCGGCUGGAUCAGGUCCUUUGCCUCCUGGUUGGGAAAUGAGAACUAGUGCAGAAGGCCGUCCUUAUUUUGUAGACCACAAUACCCGUACUACUACAUGGGUUGAUCCUCGUCGUCAACAAUACAUCAGUACGAUUGGUCCAGGAUCUAAUCUUCAAGUCCAAGUUCAGCCUGUUUCUCAAUUGGGUCCUUUGCCUUCUGGCUGGGAAAUGCGUCUGACAAGCACAGGUCGUGUUUACUUUGUAGACCAUAAUACCAAGACAACCACUUGGGAUGAUCCUCGUUUACCCAGUAGUCUGGAUCAAAAUGUGCCUCAAUACAAGCGUGAUUUCCGUCGCAAGUUGAUCUAUUUCCGUUCUCAGCCUGCUCUGCGUCCUGUGCCUGGCCAAUGCCAUAUCAAGGUGCGCCGUGACCAUAUUUUUGAAGAUGCUUAUGCUGAAAUUAUGCGACAAGCACCUGCUGAUCUCAAGAAGCGUUUGAUGAUCAAGUUUGAUGGUGAAGAUGGUCUUGAUUAUGGUGGUCUAUCUCGAGAAUUCUUCUUUUUAUUGUCGCAUGAAAUGUUUAACCCAUUCUACUGCUUGUUUGAAUACUCUGCUCAUGACAACUACACAUUGCAGAUCAAUCCUCAUUCGGGCAUUAAUCCUGAACAUUUGAACUAUUUCAGAUUUAUUGGUCGAGUGGUUGGUUUGUCUAUCUUCCAUCGUCGUUUCUUGGAUGCAUUCUUUAUUGUUUCGUUCUACAAGAUGAUCUUGAGCAAAAAGAUCUUGGUGGCUGAUAUGGAAAGCGUGGAUGCUGACUUCUAUCGUAGUCUGACUUGGAUCUUGAAUAAUGACAUUACAGAUGUCUUGGAACUCACAUUCUCAACAGACGAUGAUCGAUUUGGUGAAGUUGUCACAGUGGAUUUGAUUCCUAAUGGUCAGAAUAUUGAAGUGACAGAAGAGAACAAGAAAGAAUAUGUCAACCUGAUCACAGAAUGGCGUAUUCAUAAGCGAGUAGAGGAACAAUUCAAGGCAUUUAAAGAGGGCUUCAAUCAAUUGAUUCCUCAAGAUCUAGUCAAUGUGUUUGAUGAGCGUGAAUUAGAACUGUUGAUUGGUGGUAUUGCGGAGAUUGAUGUAGAUGAUUGGAAGAAACAUACAGAUUACAGAGGCUACACAGAACAAGAUGAUGUGAUUCAAUGGUUCUGGAAAUGUAUUCGUAGCUGGGAUAGUGAAAAGAAGUCACGAUUAUUGCAAUUCACGACAGGUACAUCUCGUAUUCCUGUCAAUGGAUUCAAAGAUCUCCAAGGCAGUGAUGGUCCAAGACGAUUCACGAUUGAGAAAUCAGGCGAAGUCACACAAUUACCCAAGGCACAUACAUGUUUCAACCGUAUUGAUAUGCCACCUUAUAAAUCAUACGAAACACUGGUUGCUAAACUCACAUUGGCUGUAGAAGAAACAAUGGGUUUUGGUCAAGAAUAA